CUAAUACAACAAACAAGAAAAGAAAAAACCUUGUACUUCUGUUUCCUAGUUGCCGGAAGAUCAACAAUUGGACGAGGAAACAUUGAAGACGAGGAAUUUUUAUUAACUCAAUUUGUGAUGGAGAGCACAGUAGCUUCUAAAUUUUAAUUUGUAAUCAAAUUGAGGAGGAGGAGUGAAGCUGUUAUAAAUGGGAGAAAUGGUUCUUAUGCGAGAGGAGGAUGUAAAUCUGGACGCUGUACGGGCUAGAUUUUCAAAUGUUCUUAAAAGACAUUCGGAGCUAGCAGAGCGUCUUUCUAGGGACUCUGACAAGUCAAUUUUUGAGCGUCUACAGAGGGAAUUUGAAGCCGCACGCGCUUCUCAAACUCAAGAACUUAGCUUAGAAGGCGAGCAAUGGAAUGAUGGCUUAUUAGCAACAAUAAGAGAGCGGGUACAUAUGGAGGCAGAGAGAAAGGCCAUGCAGAUGCCAGGGGACACAACCCAGUUGCCAAGUCCUUUUCAUGAAAAGAUUACAUACAAAGUUGGGAAUAAGUUUAUUUGUUGCUUAGAUGGAGCAAGGAUUGGCAUACAAUAUGAGACUUCAUUUGCAGGAGAAUCUUGUGACCUAUACCACUGUGUGCUUGAAAGCAAGUCAUUUCUUGAGAAGAUGACUGUUCUGGAACAUACAGUUCCUUUUUUCUUGCCAAUACGUGAAGCUGAAAAUGAGUUUCUCUCAUCAAAUGCAAUAAAAUUUAUUGACCAUGUCGGAGAUCUCUUGCAAGCCUAUGUAGAUAGAAGGGAACAGGUUCGGCUUAUUAAAGAGUUGUAUGGAAAUCAAAUCGGUGAACUCUAUCAUAGUCUUCCAUACCAUAUGAUCGAGUUUGUGCUUGAAGAUUUUGAUUCGAAGGUGACAGUUAGUCUGAGAUAUGCUGAUCUGAUCUCUACACUUCCCUCUGGGGUUAGUGUCUUGGCAUGGCCUAUGCACCAGUCCAGGAAAUCCUCCGAUACAAUUCCCUUGAGUCAGAAAGGAAAUGGAGUAGGAAGUCACCCUAUCCCAGCGCGUUUGACAUACGCAGAGGAUGCACUCCGGACCAUGAGUCUGCCGGAAGCAUAUGCAGAAAUUGUCUUGAAUCUUCCUCAAGCUCUGCAGGACAUGUUUGAGCACACAAGCUCUACAUAGUUGUAGUUAUUCAUGAUCUGGAGUAGCAGCUGCCUCAUUGCAUUCUGUGUAGUGAAUGCUGUGGUUGUAAACUGAAUAUUUUUACUUUAUUUGUUAUACUUGUAUAUUCUGAAAAUCCGGUCUAGCGAUUGUCUUCUUCCCUUAAUAUUGACUCUUUUACUUAGUUCAAGACAAAUUGCCUUUGGUAUGUAUUAUAUCCUUCAUAUUUUGGGGAAGAAAUGGGAGAGAAUUCGCAAUUCACACA